AUGAGCUCCAUCCCCCGAACUUCUCGAGUGGUAUUCGUCAACCGAAAUACAUGCUUAUUCAACUACCGGAUCGCCAUCAAUAACUCGCUCCUCUCAUGUCCUGACGAUCCAGAUCCAGGAUUUUCCCUGGUAGCGUCGCGGUGGCAGACGGUCGAGCCAUCAUCGGUCCAUUUCUUGACGCACGGAAGGCAGGGCGAAUCGGUUGCGAUCACGGACCUAGUGGAGAGUGGGGGAACAGUAGGAGCGGCUCGGCGGAGAGCUGGGCCUGGGGCGGGGGCUGGGACCGGCCCGGGAGCGGCGGAACGGGUGGAUCGUGGCAGCGCUGGAGGUGGAGGGUGA